AUGGAUGUCCCUGGAUUCUGCGUCCUCUUCCCCUUGACAGUCUAUGAGGAGGUUGAUCGUUUCGUCCUCUUCGGCGACCUACACGUGAGCGAGGCGACACUGCCUACAUGUCUUGAUGCCCUUUCCCUGGUGCAGCAAGCAUGUAAGCGUCAGAGUACAUCCGACAGCGCAGGCUACCAGAAAAAACCGACAGCUGUCGCUGGUCGUGGCAAGGAAGGCAACUCAGAAUCCCAGAAAACGCCGGCUGUUGCCGUGUUCUUGGGGGAUUUCUGGCAUUCACGGAUCGAGAGACAUCUGCACUGGGGUCUCCUGAGACCUGUUCUCGAGUUCUGGGAGCAAUGGGAUGUUCCAGUUGUCCUGCUGCCCGGGAACCAUGACCAACUGUCCUACGAAGCAGGGCGCGAUUUGCUACAGCCCCUUGAGAAGGCUGUAUCUCGAAGCCCUCUGUGCAAGACACUUCGCGCGGUCUUCGGUCACCUCAGUGUUCGUGGAGCCACAUUAAAUCCCCUUUUAGAGAGCGAUUGGGCUAUACUAAACGAUGGGAUAGACAUUGAUCUACUGCCAGAUGUGCCUGUAUACUCUGGCCACAUACACACCCCGCAGCUGGUUGGCAAGCAGGUUCGGUACGUGGGUUCGCUCUAUCAGACAUCACUAGCGGAGGCUUAUCAGCGGAAGUGUCUGUAUACCAUAUCUAGGUCGUGCGACUUUGAAGUGGUAGACGUACAAGAGUCCACGGUUGGUCCGAGGCACUUCCCUGUGAGAGACCCGCGUCUCCUGCCCCCACCACAAGCUCUUCGCCGUGGGGACAGAGUGGUUUUGCUACCAAGCACCUCAGCCACAGCGGAGCUCCCUGCCAGCCAAAGUGUUGUACAACCACACUCCCACGAAGGUAGUGGGGGGCAACUGCCACCGCAACGAGAGCUAGAUAGCAACGCAGAAUCCUUGCAAAGACAGUCUGAAGAUUUCGCUGAUCAAGAACGCUCCAUGCUCAAUACAAGCUCUGGGAGCGACCAUGCCAGCAGCAGCUGGACUGUGUCACCUAAAGCAACUUUAGGUGGAAGCAGUGGGCUAGACACCGCUCUCAAUGAGACAUUGAUGAGAGGAAAAAAUGAAUUAAAUACGGACCAGCUCCUUCAAAUAUGUGAUGCCUACAGAGAAGCCGGCGUAUUAUUCGAUUGCCGGGUCAAUCCACUUGCAUCAGCUUCUUCCGUGUCUCAGCACGUGACCGCCAGUGUUGGGAACGACCACCAGGAAACGCCCUCACCAAUAAACGUUGGGCUACGAGGGCUAGGAAACCCAUCUGGCGCGAAUCUACAGAAUAUCUCUACUCAUAACUCCCGAGCGGCGGAAGAACAAAGCGCGAAAGACGCUUCACAGGUCUCCACCGAUUUUGACAAUCUGCUUCCAGAUGCAAGCACAUCCCCCUUAAGGCUACUUAUCCAUCAUGGCCUAAUACCAGUUGAAAACCGCCCGCCACGUGAGGCGCUGCGUGUUUACGCUGAUCAACUCGCCAAGGAUGGAUCUCACACCUUCAGUGAACAAGCAUUGGAAGAAGCCGAUAUGAUCCUUAAGGAGCAAGUGGAAGGGGCUUGCUGGAGUGGGGCAGAGAGCUCUUGCAGAGCGGCUUCCCUUCCAACAGGACCAAACGCAGGAUGGCCGCAUGCUGCUGCAGACCUGGUGAUACAUCAGGCACGUGUCCAAUCUGGCGUCGUUGUCUUCGACUUGCGCCGACGUGGUAUGGUUUUCAUUCAAGGCAGCAAAGAUCCCCAUGCUCGUGGAAGUCUUCAUGCUGCAAACGGAGCAGGUAAAACAACUAUGAUGCAGGCCGUCGUUUGGGCACUUAUAGGCGACGCGGUCUGUAACGGUUUCACUGCUGUUUCGGGAAGACCCAAAGUUACGGGCGUUGUUUGUGAUGACGUGCCGCCCGUUUCUACCUUGAACUGCGGGCCAGCAGGCAGCUUCGCAUGUGACGAAAGAGGUGCAGAAGAUGUGAUCCAAUGCGCUGAAGAUCGGUUCGCGUCCGUUGAACUCGAGGGCGAACUGAAUGGAGAGCCAUUUUGUCUGCGGAGAAUACGUUGGCGUUCGGGACGCUGCGAGUUAACGCUCCAUGUGGGGGGCAGGGACAUGACGGCUCAGAGCGUCGUAGACACGCAACGCGAGGCAUUACUGUCACUGCUUUUUCCGCUGGACAUAUGGACCGCUGCGACGGCAGCAGCGCGUGUGAAGCAACGGGUUUUGAGCAAGGCAGCAGAGGCCCUUGACCAUGUGGCGGCAAUACGAUUGAGAGACCUUCAACGUCUCGUAGGAAGAAGGACGCGUUUUUUACCUACGCAUCACACGAAGACAGGACUGACUGUUAACGUCCGCGAAUGCGAAGGGACCGACAUCGAAGCUGAGGCGAAACAAUCUCGUCUAGAUGUAAUGCUACCUGUAGCUUUGCGAUUUGUUUGCGUUAUUCCUAGAUCUCAGAAAGCAGUGCUAGAAGAGGUGGAGCUUCACCUUGGUCCACAAGGAAUCCAGCGCCACCUUCUCGCAUCAGCCUUAUGCCAGCUGGAGGAACAGACAAACAUCUACCUUAAACAGGCCAGUGACGGCCUGCUUCGGCUAGAUUUCGCGUCAUCAAAAACUAGUCGCCUGACCAGAGUGCUGAGCGUCCGCGGCUCUGACGGCGCCUUUAGGCAAGCAGAGGCCAUUGCGUGGGAUCAGAAUACAAAUCGCUCCAUUACGUCUUCUCAGGUAGAUGGCAUUGGCAAUACGCAGCGCGUGCUCGAACUUUUACGAAGCCUCGCCAGCGAGCCUCGGAGUUCCCAAUUGGCCGAGUUCGAUAGUAUCUUUUUCACUCAACAUGGUCUCGACCCUCGCAAGUGGCGACGCAUUCUUGAUGCCGUCGAUACGAUUGCAAUUCAUAAGAAAUCUGGGCACCCUAGCAUUCGCACAUCUAUCUAUUUAAAGAGCUCGAAAACAAAGAUCACUGGGACAGAGGCGCCCUCAGAACAUACAGCAGAUGUUAAAAUAGGUUCUCCCGGAGCCACGGACCAUGAGUCCAUGGCUGCAGCAGGUUGA